AUGUCAUCAGCAGGGAUAAACAACCUGUUCGGCUCCCUAUCGCUCAAUUCAACACACAAAAUCAUUGUUGGCGUGGACUAUGGCACAACCUUCACUGUCAUCAUCGACAAAUGGCCAGGACCGAACAAAAUCAGCGACACCAUCGGAAAAACUCCCUCGCGGAUUGCCUAUCCGUUUGACAACCGGUCAAUUGGAAAGGUCAAAUGGGGGUUCGAGAUCCAGCCAGGACUAACCGCAUACUCGUGGACAAAAUUGCUACUAGAUGAAGAUACACCACUCACAAAAUACGACGAUCACGCCUUGGAGAAGGCCUCCGAACUGGGUCUCUUGAAACUGCCCGGUGACAAAUCGGCAGUUGAUGUUGCAUCGGACUUUUUGUCUGAGGUUUACAGUCAUAUCCUUAAAAUCAUCGAAAAGCAAAUAUCAGCUCAAACCUUGGCCAUCACACCGCUUGAAUUUUGGUUUACAGUUCCAGCGAUUUGGUCAGAUAAAGCAAAAGCCGCCACAAGCACAGCAGCGAGACGCGCGGGCUUUGGCACUCGGCUUGGAGAUGCAAUCUUCAUGAUUGCUGAGCCCGAAGCUGCGGCCGUUGCAGCUCUGAAGAAGACCACGGUUGAUGGGCUUGGAGCUUCCGUAAAGCCUGGGGAUGGCGUUCUCGUCUGCGAUUGCGGCGGAGGCACGGUGGAUAUCACGACUUAUUUAAUCAACGAAGUGCAGCCCACUUUGGUUUUCGAGGAGCUAUGCACUGGAAUCGGUGGAAAAUGCGGCUCCACAGCGGUAGACCGUAACUUUUACAACCUCAUGUCGAAUCGGUUUGGAGAAUGCUUCGAUAAUCUCCCUCCCAAGAAAAAGGGCCCUGGUAGCGAGUUCAUGAAUAAGUUUGAAAUAAUCAAGCUAGAUUUUGGGAAUGAUACGGACGGAACGACCCAUGAACUUCCUCUUCGGAUGGAGGUUAUUGAGACUAACCCGGCGCAUUAUGAUGACGAAGAGUGUCUAGUGAUGAUUAAUGAUGGCGAUCUCCGCGCCGUCUUCGAUCCUGUCGUUGAUCAGAUAUUAGAGCUUGUACGACAGCAAAUCAAGGAUGCCAAUGCAGAGACGGGGAAAAACACAAUCAAUAAAAUUAUAUUAGUUGGCGGCUUUGGAGACUCAGAAUAUCUCCGCCGGGCUUUUCAAAAGUCGUUCGGGUCUGAUGGCAAUAUUCUCGUCACGGUGCCCGACAGACCACAAACCGCUAUUGUCCGGGGAGCAGCUCUGCGCGGCCUUGAGGGCCUUCGGUCAAUAACUAAAAGAUGCCGGCGGCACUACGGAUACAGCUGGGCGGUGCCGUUCAGGGCGAAUGAACAUAAGGAGCCCGAGUCAUUCAUCGACCCGUGGAGUGGGCUGAAGUUGGCGAGUGGGAUGAUGAAAUGGAUGAUUGCAAAGGUAGCUACAGUGUCAUAUGGGCUCAGAACCUCUUUAAUGAUCUACCCAUCUAACGCUGUGUUCAAGGGGGAAAAAUACGCUGAGGAUUAUCACUACGAAGUGAACAUCCUCCGAACCCACUACCAGGGAGAAAACUUGCGAACCGAACUUGACCUAUACUCAUCCGAUCUGUCGGUUGCCCCAAAGCGAAGGUUUAAUGUAGGUGUUCGGCGGGUUGGCAAAAUCGAGGUUGACUUUACGUCUGUCAACCUAGACUCGUUUCCCAAAAAAACGAUUGGAGGCGAAUUGGCGUAUUCUUUGAAAUACACGGUCCGAGUUAUUUUUGGAGCCAAAGAUGGUGUUUUGAAGUUUGAAGCCCGUUCAGAUGGUCGAUUAAUUGGGACAACCAGUAUCACUUAUGCCACUGCACAGCACUUUUGA